UUAAAUGCAGGUUCUACUACAUUCAAGGAGUUCUGUUAGAAUUCUAGCCACUGGUUUACUUUUUGUUUUUUUUAUUACUGAGCCACCGUCAAAUGGCGCUGUUGAACCAGUUUGCAGCACCUGCUAACAGCAGCUAGGCUAACUUGGCGAGCUAACCGGCAGGCUGUCGCUGCAGUCCGGUAAGCAGGUGUGAAAAUGGGCAACACCUGGUUGCUUUGAAGGUGUUCCGUCGGCUAGCAUGAUUUGCGGAACAGAUGGCUGCGCUAUAAACUUAGAGAGGCAACAGGGACCUCAGUUACUUUUCAGAUAAGAAAACCAACGUUUGCAUCAAGCUAACAGUAGCUAGCAGUAACAUUACGCUAGGUAACUCAGUCCAGGUGAUUCAACAACCAGUCCGAGGAGCUUCGGGGACCAAUGCGAAAGAUGGCCAGUCACUGCGAGUCAGACGUUACCUGUCAGGCUAAUGGAGAAAACACACCUGGGCGAGUGUCCGGCUCAGGCUCUCGCCACCGGUCCGAGUCCGAGACCGACGUGGGGCCGACUGUGAAAAGCUUAGCUCGGCUGUGCAGCAGGGACGAAGAGGAAAGGGCAGCGGCUUUGGAGGAGCUGAGUCAGGGGGUUCUGGUGUGCUUAGGACUGAACCAACCCGGUAAGGCACGGCUGAGUAAACAAACUCUUUUGCAUCUGCUUCGGCUGUCCCAGUCUUGCCCGCUGCAGGAGGUACAGGAGCGAGCAACCGAGCUGCUGCGAACCGCACAGGAACAAGGAGUUGAAGUGCCUCGGGCUCUGACCUCAGGUCCAAGUGCUUUUAUCCCUUCUAAAGAGAUGUUAAAAGAAGGGCCGGACCAGGACAUCCUGAUUGAAUCUUUUCUUUCACUGGGUCGUGUGGACCACAUCACCAUGGUAAUGGCACUGCACCAUGCGUACCUCAGCUGCUUCCUGAGGACCCAGCAUGCUCUUUUCGAGCUGGAUGGUCCCCUGCCCCAUCACUGGAGACAUUACAUUGCCAUCAUGGCUGCAGCUCGACACCAGUGCUCGUACCUGGUACAGCAGCACAGUGCGGGCUUCCUGGAGGCUGGAGGGGAGGAGAGCUGGCUGAGUGGCCUGGAGCACGCUCCCACCAAACUCCGCAGCCUGCAAACACUCAACAAGCUGCUGGCACACAGACCCUGGCUCAUUGCACAGCAGCACAUCCAGGAGCUGGUUUGUCCUGGCGCAGAGCCUCGCUGGUCAUUAGCUGAACUUAUACAUGCUGUGAUCCUGAUGGCACAUGCUCAUUCACUCUGCUCUUUUGUGUGGGGCUGCGGCAUAAAACCUGAACCUGACCACAUUGGAGGUUACACCUUCGCACCUCAUUCACCUAGUCGCCUUUCUCAUAGCCCCCAUAGCCCCGCUCAUGAAGAUGGCAGGCAAGAGUUGGCUGAUGGAGUGAUGGAGGUGGAGGUGCUGAUGAAGAGGAUGGUGGAGCUGCAACAACAGCAGCUGCAACAACAGGAGGAGGAGGAGGAGGAGUGCACACAGGAGGAGAUGGUGACUCGCUUUGAGAGAGAGAGGAGUGAGAGCAUACCAACAGCGGUGGUGAGGGGAGCUCCACCUGAGCUAGUGUUGCGCCUGGUGGAGGAUCCAGGGUUUAGAUAUGAGGACUUUGCACCGAGAGGAGAGCAGGCACCACCGACCAUGAGAGCACAGGACUAUUCAUGGGAGGACCAUGGCUUCUCUCUGGUCAACAGACUACUGCCAGACAUGGGCCAGCUCCUGGAUGAGAAAUUCCAGGUUGUGAGUGACUUGACCUACCACAGAAUGGCCAUGCAUGAAGGUGUGGACACUUACACUCUGAGAAAAGCUCUGUGGAACUACAUCCACUGCCUCUAUGGGAUACGAUAUGAUGAUUAUGAUUACGGCAGCGUGAACGUGUUGUUGGAGCGCUCUCUGAAGGUGUUUGUUAAAACCGUGGCCUGUCACCCCGAGCAGACCACAGCACGCGUCUACUGCUCCUUCUGGAGGCACUUCAGACACUCUGAAAAGGUUCAUGCAAACCUAAUAGUGAUGGAAGCCCGUCUACAGGCAGCCCUUCUUUACCCCUUACGAGCCAUCACACAUUACAUGAGAUGACUCCAUUACUCGCAGGUUUUUGCAGAUGCUGAGCCAGCUGUGACAUGCCACAGCCCAAUGCAUAACACAGCAUUAACAGAUAAUCACACAUACUACAGUCAAUGUUUUCAGUGUUAAUGUUUUGAUGCUGCUUUGCGACUGGGAUUUCUAUUUAAAAUGUACUUAUUUUGCACUGAAAUGUAUCAGGUUUUGUUUGUCCAGAACAACACUUGAGGUUGUUCGGAAUAUCUUGCACAUGUUUCUGUCAUAUGUGCCAGAUAUGCAGGUAGAAUAGGUCUGAUAAAACUAAAUCAUCAUCAUGAUUCAAGUGUUUCCUUUUGCAGACCUAGUGUUUAUUUGAUUUGCCUCUUUGGGCCAAUAUCUGUUGAGCACUACUCAUGCUUCAGUCCUCUUUGCAGCACACAGAGGCUGAGG